AUGAUCUUCCGUAUCGUCCUCCGGGACGCAAAGCGGUACGACACGUACGAGACCCGUGAGUUCGACCUGCCGCUCAACACCGAGUUUCCCAUCGGUCGAGCGUCCAGCAACGCGGCCAAGCGAGAGCUCAUGGCGGCACCACAUAACGCCUUCAUCGACAGCCCCGUGAUCUCACGACAGCACGCUGUCCUGUCCGCCAACGCCAACAGCGGCGUUCCGGAAGUCUACAUCACCGACAAGGGCUCUAUGCACGGCACCAUGCUGAACGGCCAGAGGCUGUCUGCCAGCACACCCACCAAGCUGAACGACGGCGAUGUCCUGCAGUUCGGCACUGACGUUAACCGUAAUGAGGGUACGUCCUCGCGUAGGCCCUCCAAACCUCCUCUUACCCUAGCUUCUGAGCUGACACCAACCCACACAGAGUUCUUCGUAGCCCGCACCUACACUUUCGAGUCGCAGCUAUCACGCCCCUUCUCCCUCGGCUUUACCGUCCCUGAUGCCGAGAGUGACGAAGAGGAAGUCGCAGAGCGCCGAGGCAGCCAGAUCGAUCCUUUCGUCAUCGACGACGACUCCGACGCAGCUGAUGACCACUCGGAGGCCGACGACCAAGAAGAGGUUACCAUGAUCAUGGAUCAGGUCCUGCACCCAAACGAGCAUGGCCACACUCUCAGUAUUGGUCAGGACGACUACCCAACGUCCGCAAUGCGCACCACUCUUCCCAACGAGGACUACAACCCAGAGAGCUUUGCGUCUCGCCGUGACGACUCCCUCGAGCCUGCAAGUCCAAACCCUUCUAGCGAUGAAGAAGACGUGGCCGCCCUUGGUUCUGAUUCGGACAGCGAGGCUGGCAGCAUCGAUAGUUCCGAGAUGCUGUCUGACUCCGAGCCAGAGAUUCAGGAUUCUGAAGACGAGGAAAUGAAAGAGAGUGAGCAUAAGAAACCUACCACAUCCUCAUCCAACAAAGAGAACGAGGCGUCCGUCAACAGCCAAGUACCCCAGACUGUUCACUCCUUCCCGCGCGAUACAACGACGCUUUCGCUCUCGGACGUAUACAUGCCACAAGACGUAGCCAACACACAGCCGUCGCUACCACGCCUGUACAUGUUCGGUAUGCAGGGCUCUGACAGCAACUCCAUGUCGAACAGUAACGUUUAUGGAGAUAACGCGCCUCCACCUCUGCCGCCACGUCCCUCGGCGUCUAGGGCAGCACCAUGGUGCGAUUCAACCUACCGCUCCUUCAGGGAAGUGAACGAUCUUCAGGAAUGGUACUCCGAGGGCAUUCCGCAGCCAAACUACUUGGGUACCAACUUUGGCGACCGACCGUCCCUGUUCAGUCCGGCUCCUCUUGCCUCAAUGGCAGAGGCGAAUGAGGCUCGUGCUCCCAUGCCCCAAUUCACUCCCUAUCCCAGCCAACCCAUGCAAGCGAGCCGUCUGCAGACACCACCACCAUAUUUUGUACCCGAGUUCGAGACCUCCCCGCCGGUGCAGCCAGGUCGCCGUACCAAGGUCUCUAUCGAGGAGAUCGUUGAGGAGCAGCCGCCUACACCUGAAUCUGUGAAAGGUUUGAAGCGCAAGGCAGAUGUGCUUGAGGCAGACGAGCCAGAAGCCGUUCUUGACGAAGCAUCCAAGGCCGCCGUUGGCGAUGAGCAUGCAACCUCAAACUCGGUAGCUGCUGUUCCAGUGGAUGAUGCUGCUGCAAUCCAGACGGCUGCCAUUAUUGCCCAGCGUCCCAAGAAGACUCCCCGCUCAGUUCUCAGCAAGGUUCUCAACAAGGCUGCCUAUCCCUUGCUCGGUGCUACCGGUGCCGUAGUCUCCUUUGCUCUUCUUUCUACCCUCCCGGAUGCCUUCUUUGUGUAG